AUGUUCAUCUACAUUUGCUUGGCUACCAACUCACAGAAUUUCGCCAACACCGCGGUUUUGGUCACCAGCGUCAGAAACUUCCCCGACCGAAGAGGGAUCAUUCUGGGGCUUCUCAAGGGCUUCGUUGGCAUCGGAGGAGCCAUCUUGACCCAGUUGUAUUUAGCCGUGUACGGCCAUGAAGACCCAUCGAAUCUUAUUCUCCUUCUUUCGUGGUUCCCCUCAUUCAUAUCUCUUUUGCUUUUGCUCGCAAUUCGACCAAUCAAAAUCCGCAAACAUCCCGAUGAGCUAAAAGUGCUUUACCACUUGCUUUACGUCUCCAUACUUCUGGCUUUGUUUAUCUUGUUCUUGACCUUAAUGCAAAAACAAGUGGUUUUCUCUCACACUGGAUAUGCGAGUGGCGCUUUCGCCAUUUUGGCCUUGUUGGCUCUCCCCCUUUUGAUCACUGUUAGAGAAGAGCUCAUGCUCUACAAACUCAACAAACAAAACAAUGACCCAUCCGUCAUCGUUUCCAUCGUUGGCGAGCAGAAGCUCCCGAUGGUAACCGUGCCCCAGAACACGCCGCCGACGUCCACGCUGCAAGAAAUUACCGAAAUCUCGCCGUCCUGCCUCGAAAACAUAUGCAACAAGCCUGAAAGAGGGGAGGAUUUCACCAUCUUGCAAGCCAUCUUCAGCGUAGACAUGGCUCUUGUCUAUCUCGCCACCUUUACUGGCUGUGGCUCCUCCCUUGCUUCCAUUGACAACAUAGGCCAAAUUGGUGAGUCUCUUCACUACCCAACUCAAUCCAUAGCCAUUUUCGUCUCUUGGGUUUCCGUUUUCAAUUUCUUCGGCCGCGUCUUCUCCGGCUUCAUCUCCGAAACCCUCAUGACCAAAUACAAAUUACCUCGCCCUCUCAUGUUUGCUUUUUCCUUUCUCCUCACUUGCAUCGGCCAGCUCUUCAUCGCCUUCCCAUCUCCUGGCUCGGUCUACGUCGCUUCCUUGAUCAUUGGGUUCGGGUUCGGAGCCCAAGUUCCCCUGUUGUUCGCCAUAAUCUCCGAGCUCUUUGGUCUCAAACGCUACUCAACGCUCUUUAACUGUGGACAACUGGUGGUCCCGUUUGGAUCCUAUAUACUAAACGUGGAUAUAGUGGGGAAGUUGUACGAUAUUGAAGCCAUAAAAGAAGGUAGUAAGAAGACUGGCAAGGGGCUAACUUGCACCGGGGCUCAUUGCUUCGGCUGGUCUUUCACAAUUUUGGCAUCAGUGACAUUGUUUGGAGCUCUAGUUGCGCUUGUGCUGGCUUAUAGGACUCGAGAGUUUUACAAAGGCGACGUAUAUAAGAAAUACAGAGAGGACAUGUGGAUUCCACAAUCGGAAAUGGAAUUCUAUAGGUUAGAUAACAAGAAGAACAUUGAUGAUUGA